AUGAAUGAUGCCAGAAAUUUGCUUCAAGAAGGAAUUGUUUGGAAGCCGGAUGGUGCCAAUGAGGUACCAAGUCGGUUUAUUCCCACUGUGUUUUGCAUGGUUUCAGUCGCCCGCUGCAAAUAUUUGAGAAUGACCCAAUUUAACGGUGCCUACGGCUGCACAUUUUGUCUAGCCAAUGGAAGACAAACUGCUGGUUCCCCACUGCAAUUAAAAUACACGAUUGAAUGUAAUGGUGAAUAUCGCACUGAUGCAGAAAUGCGAGAACAAGCUGUAACUGCAUAUAACACAGGAGUUAGAGUAAAGGGAAUAAUUGGUCCUAAUGUCUUAAAAAAACAAAAAACGGUCAAAAGCCUUAAAGAAAGGUCAGCACCGCUCAUAGAAGACGAUGGUGGCAAUUCUGCUGACAAGGAUUCCGAUAAUGAACUGGAUAUAACAUCCCUUAGCCCGCAGUCAAAGAAAUUCUUUAAACUAAUGAAAAUGGCUUCGGAGGAAGUUUUAAAACAAUCAUCGGAUUUAAAUCAACCUGCCUCUUUUAUGACGACAAAAGAUGAAAAGGCACAAAUUAUUGAAGAAUUUGCAAUAGAUUAUAAAUAUGUAUCCAAAAUUGCAAGGGCCAAAACUCAAAGGCAUAGACUUAAUACCCAGUUUUGGCCGCAGGAUGUUAUGAAGAAAUUAUUCCUAAGGAAUAGUUAA